AUGCCGGGGGGGGGUCAGUGGUUCUGGGGGGGGUCGGCGGUGCCGGGGGGGGUCAGCGGUGCCGUCCUGACCCCCCCCCGUGCCCCCAGGUACCGGUGGUGCUGCGGCGCUUCGAGCUGCGGGGGGGCUCGGGGGGGGCGGGGCGGGGUGGCGGGGGGGCCGGGGGGUGCGGCGGGAGCUGCAGUUCCGCCAGCCCACGCUGCUGGCCCUGCUCUGCGACCGCCGCGUCACCCGCCCUACGGCCUGCGCGGGGGCAGCCCCGGGGCCCCCGGCCUCAACCUGCUGCUGCGGUGGGACGGGCGCACCAUCAACCUGGGCCCCAGGAACGUGGUGCCCGUGGAGCCGGGGGACGUCUUCUGCCUGCAGACCCCCGGCGGGGGCGGCUACGGUGACCCCCAGGAGGGGGAGGACCCCACGGAUGGGGGGCACCCCACGGAUGGGGGGCACCCCACGGAGGGUCCCCGGCCCCCCCGGAGCUUCGCCGAGCGCGGGAGCCUCUUCGAGUACCGGCGGGCGCAGGAGGGGGUCUGAGGGCACGGCCCCCCCCAGCCGCCGCCGUGGGGCAGCCCCACACCUCGCUACGCACAGGCCGUAGGGCAGCCCCCCACCCCACAUACGCACAGGCUAUAGGGCAGCCCCACACCUCGGUACGCACAGGCUAUAGGUCAGCCCCCCCCCCCCCCCAACCUCAGAUACGCGCACUCUAUAGGGCAGCCCCCCCCCAACCCAAAUACGCACAAGCUAUAGGGCAGACCCCCAACCUCAGAUACGCACACUCUAUGGGGCAGCCCCCAACCCCAGAUACACACAGUCUAUAGGGCAGCCCCCCCAACCUCAGAUACGCACACUCUAUGGGGCAGCCCCCCAACCCCAGAUACACACAGUCUAUAGGGCAGCCCCCCAACCCAAACAUUCACACUCCGUGGGGCAGCCCCCCAACCUCAGCCAUGCACAGUCUAUAGGGCAGACCCCCCCCCCCCCAAAUACUCACAAGCUAUAAGGCAGCCCCACACCUUGCUACGCACUGUCUAUAGGGCAGCCCCCCAACCCCAGAUACACACAGUCUAUAGGGCAGCCCCCCAACCCAAACAUGCACACUCCGUGGGCAGCCCCCCAACCUCAGCCAUGCACAGUCUAUAGGGCAGCCCCCCCCCCCCCAACCCAAAUACGCACAAGCUAUAGGGCAGCCCCCCAACCCCAGAUACACACACUCUAUGGGGCAGCCCCCCAACCCCAGCUAUGCACAGUCUGUGGGGCAGCCCCCCCCACCCCUAGGUACGCACAGUCUAUAGGGCAGCCCCCAACCGCAGCUAUGCACACCCCCAAGCAGCAUUCCGCCCCCCCCCCCCCCAAGUCUUAGCUAUGCACACUCCGUGGGGCAGCCCCACAACCCCAGCUUCUGCCCCACAGCGCUGGGGGUUCGGCCCCUCCGUCCGGUGAGGGGGGGGGGGGGGCGACCCCCAUAUGUGGGGUGUCCCCUGCCCCCCAUCUCGGUGCCUUCCAAUAAAGGAGCCUCGGGGUU